AGGGCGUUCAGCAGCCGCGCCUCCGCUUCCCGCCGCCGCCUCCUUUUCCGCUGGCUGUGGCGGGCGAGGACACGUCAGGGGCCAUAAAUAAAUAAAUAAUUCCAUUCACCAGUUGACAGCAAGGCGAACCGGCUGCGGCUUGCGGGGAACGGAGGGCUGCAGCGCCCACCCUGCGCCAGAGACCAGAUAAAGAGACGCAGCAGAGGAAUAAAAUAGCGGGCAGUGAUGAAGGUGAUGUGAAAAAGACUGGACCAGAGGAAGGAGUGAUUACUGGAUGCCAUUUCCUGUCACCCCAUGCUUCAUGGCUAACCCCAGUCUGAACUCAGAGGGUUGCCAACUUUCCACAGACAGGAGUCAAUCUUAAGAUGUGAUGCUUUCAUGUGAAACCUGAAACAAGGUGAUCUGGGGAACCAAAGACUCUAGGACUCUUGGUGCCAACAGAGCUACUCUAUAAUCCAAAAUCUACUCUACCUCUCUUCGUUUGUAAUACCUUCAAAUAUCACACUUCAAGGUUUAGUGACUAGGCCUAAAGAUUCUACAUAUAAUCCAAAGAAAUCUAUUCAAGUGGACGUCUAUCAACAGAUUACUUGAAUUUUCAUUAGAGGAGCAGAAAUGCCACCAAUGCCAAGUACCCCACCUCUGCAUCCACCUCCAGAUGGAGGAUGGGGCUGGGUUGUGGUUGGAGCAGCUUUUAUCUCCAUUGGAUUUUCAUAUGCAUUCCCCAAAGCCGUCACCGUAUUCUUCAAAGAAAUUCAGCAAAUAUUCCACACUACCUACAGUGAAAUAGCAUGGAUAUCAUCCAUUAUGCUGGCUGUUAUGUACGCAGGAGGUCCUAUAAGUAGUGUUUUGGUGAAUAAAUACGGCAGCCGGCCGGUGGUGAUAGCAGGAGGCUUAUUAUGCUGUCUUGGAAUGGUGUUGGCCUCCUUCAGUAGCAGUGUGAUCGAGCUAUACCUCACUGUGGGAUUCAUUACAGGUUUAGGUUUAGCCUUCAAUCUGCAACCUGCCUUAACAAUAAUUGGCAAAUACUUCUAUAGGAAGCGACCCAUGGCAAAUGGAUUGGCCAUGGCAGGAAGUCCUGUUUUCUUAAGUUCAUUGGCUCCUUUCAAUCAGUACCUUUUUAAUACUUUUGGCUGGAAAGGAAGUUUCCUGAUUUUGGGAAGUCUACUUUUGAAUGCCUGUGUGGCUGGGUCCCUCAUGAGACCCCUGGGACCCAGUCAAACCACUUCUAAGUCUAAAAAUAAGACUGUCAUAACAGAAGACGAUUCAGGCCGGAAGAAAAUCAAACCGAAGAAAUCAACUUGGGAGAAAGUUAAUAAGUAUUUAGAUUUCUCCCUUUUUAAGCAUAGAGGAUUUCUGAUAUAUCUGUCUGGAAAUGUCAUUAUGUUCCUAGGUUUUUUUGCCCCCAUUAUAUUCUUGGCUCCAUAUGCUAAAGACCAGGGAAUUGAUGAGUACUCGGCAGCUUUUCUGCUAUCUAUUAUGGCUUUCGUUGAUAUGUUUGCUAGGCCUUCUGUAGGAUUAAUUGCAAACUCCAAAUAUAUUCGACCUCGAAUUCAGUACUUCUUCAGUUUUGCAAUCAUGUUCAAUGGAGUGUGUCAUCUCUUGUGCCCGCUGGCACAGGACUACACAAGCCUGGUAUUAUAUGCUAUAUUUUUUGGCCUUGGAUUUGGGAGUGUUAGCAGUGUUCUCUUUGAAACUCUCAUGGACCUCGUGGGUGCACCAAGAUUUUCCAGUGCCGUCGGACUUGUCACAGUUGUGGAGUGUGGCCCAGUUCUUCUUGGCCCUCCUCUUGCUGGUAAAUUGGUGGAUAUAACUGGAGAUUAUAAAUACAUGUACGUGGCCUGUGGGGCUAUUGUGGUAGCAGCAAGUGUGUGGCUGCUCAUUGGCAAUGCUAUCAACUAUAGAUUGCUUGCAAAGGAAAGGAAGGAGCAAGGUGCAAGAGAGACGACCAGAGAAUCAGAACGCUUGAGCAAAUCUAAGCAUUCGGAAGAUGUGAAUGUCGUGAAUGUCAAAGUUUCAAAUGCACCGAGUGUAACCUCAGAAAGAGAAACUAAUAUUUAACGAGAAUCACAUCUCUGAUUUCAGUGUUUAUUGCUUUCCCUAGCAGUUUGUUUUUCAUUUUGUUUUUUUAAAGUAUUGGAAAAGUUUUUAGCUGAAACGAGGAGUCACAAUUAAAGAUGGAGAUGAUAUUUUCCUCAAUGGCAAAUUUUAAAUUAGUUUUAAAACUUAUUUGGGUAAAUUUUGAUAUUAUGCAUAGAAAGAAUCCAUGCUACAGGUUUAUUUCCAUACCUGACUCUGGAUGUGGUGGUGAAAAUACUAAUUUUAAAGUCUCCCAGUGACUUUCGGUCUUGGUUAUGUGGAAAGUUCUGAAUUUCAAACCCCUGGUUUAAGUAGUUAGGAGGAGGAUGCCUAAUCCUAUAAAGUGAUCCUUAAUACAUUUCAUUUUUUUUGCUUGAUAUUAAUAUAUGAGAUAGAGUUGAGAGACAAUUAUCUCCUCUUACACACAAACACACAUACUCCCACAUGCUUACCCACAUGUACACAGAGUGUCUGGAGAAUAAAAAAUAAAUUAAAAAGAAGUGAUAAUUUAUUUUUAAGGUAAAAAAAAUCCAUGAAGACAAAAGAAACAUAUGUCUGUGUGCUACUUUACAGUGUUAGUUUUAAAGAUAAGCACAUGGGUAAAAAUGAGGGUGAUCCUUAUUCAAAAAUAUAUCUGACUGCUAUAAAAAUAUUUGCAUAUGUAAAUUUGACAAAGAAAAGAAAAUCAGUGUUAAACCAUUAAAUCUGAGCACUGUUAGACUUGAUUAAUCCAUGAGCAUGAUUUUUUUUUGAGUAGGGGGCAUUAGUACCUGGUGCUAGACAAUAAAACCCUCAAAUAAUUUUUAGAAUUCUUACCUAACAUGUAAAAGUCUGCAUGACUCUUAACAAUGAGCCACAUCCAUUGAUUUUACAAGGAUUUUAGUUCGUAAUCCAGAAAGUAAUAAUCAGGGAUUUUGUUUUAAUCAGGUCUCAAUCCAGAUUCGCUGUUAUGCUGAAAUACCAAAGUAAAAUCCUAGUUGGCAGGAUUGUAAGUAGACCGAAUUCUAAUUUUUCCCAACACAUAGUGGUAAUUGGAGGUUAGUGUUAUGAAUACUUCAUCUGACUACAACUAAGAGUGAGAGGUGGUUUUAAUGAACUCUCUAAGCUCUCUCAGCUCCCUCCCUUCCACAAAACGCAAGAGUAAAAGCAAACCACAAACAGGCCUUGCGCUCAACCACUGGAAAUGUCUCCUAGGAUAAGAAUGGCAGUACUUGAAAAUUCUGCUCUCUACUGAUGAAACUUCCUGCUGCCUUUGGACAUAACUAAGCCAGGAAACGUAAAAAGCCUUCUAGAAAUAGAGGCACUGUGUGACUUGUAUUGUAGGUAUAGUUUAUUACCUGAUAGCAAAAAGCUUGAAAUAUUGCAGCCCAGGUUAAUUCAGUACUUUCCCAUUUUCAUAACUAUGUGAAAACAUCUGGGAACCUGAAUCACUCCUGAAUACAGAGGCAUAUUCUUUUUAAACUAUAAAUACCAUUUUGAGUGAGAAAGUACUUUUAAACAAGAAAGAAAUUGUACAGUAUGACUAAAGUUAUAAAUAUAUUUGCAUCUAUAAAUCUGAAGUUUAACAUUUUGAUUAAUUUAAAAGUAUUUAGUGCUUGACUAUUAAAGCAGUGUCAUGUCACUCCUAAGAUGUCAAAGCAAAUAGGCAUUCUUUUUUUUUAUUGUAAUAAAGGCAGGUGCUAUUUUUUUUCUGGUAAGAUUGCACCUAGAUACCAGACUUUUGUAAUAGUUAACAUUAAAGAUUUGAUUCAUAAGGUUAAUUCACUGCUUAAGCAUGUGGCUCAUAUUUAGGAAGCUAUAUAAAAUUCAGUUUUUCAUUUAACAUUUGCUCUUUUGCAUAUGAAGAGAUAUUUGUAUUUUUCAAAUGUUAAGUAAAACAAGAUGUGCCAAUAUCAUAGGUAAAUAAAUUAGGAAAAAAUGUGGGA